GGUCAGCAUGCCGCCUGAGAAUUACACCUUCUCACGUUUGCCCAUGCUUUGAAGCAAAAGGCAUAUCAAAUUCAGCCAUGGGUGUAACUAUGCCCUACAUUAAUAGCCAGGCCCUCGAACCUCAGCUGCCGACUGUCAUGGAUUUGACAAUUCAUGUUGUGCUUCGGACCAGAAUCCAACUGCAAACCCACGACCAUGGACAGUGGUCGUAGUCUUACGAUGAGGCGCUGGAUCGCUUUACCACGGGCGCCAAGAAUCGUUACUCUGGAACCAAGGAAUUGGACUUGCUACACGAGUUCUUGCGCGAGCGAGCCUCCCCGGAGGAAACGAAGCAGGCAGCAGAACUCCUGCAGACCGAUGCCGGCAAAAAUUAUGGAGGCCGAAAGGUUGGCGAUGUCGAGAUUCCUGCGUCCUGGAUAGCCAACAUCAUGAACAACAUCAACAACUUUGUUGCCGCCGGUGACUUCGUUACCAAGAGCGCUCCCGAGAGUGUUGGUAUGGCCUGGUACGCUGUUAAGCUCACCUUGACUGCGAUCCACAGCAACUACGACCUCUACACUUUUUUCGGUUCUGGCUUGAGCGACAUCAGCGAAAUCAUGAUUCUCGUCCGCCACUACGACCAGCUGUACGACGAGCGGUCAGAGCCAAACUGGAAGCCCAGCCCCGUGGUUGAGAAGCUCUUCCAGGACGUGAUUGGCGCGUACGAGGCCGUGCUGGACUUCUCCUUCGCCAUCAAACGCCAUCUCACUACUGGCGCCCUCACUCGCAUCAAGCAUGGCUUCAAGGACUUCUUUGGCAUGUCCAAAGUCAAGUUCGAGGACAAGCUCAACACCGUCGCCGCCCUCAAGAAGAAAAUCCUGGAGGAAAGCCAGGCCGCCUUUCAAGAUAAGACUCUGACCCAAUUGCAGGAUGUGACAGCCCUCCUGGCUGGCAUUGAAGGAACUGUCAGGCAUCUCAGUGACCUCCAAGAAAUCCAGCACAAACUUCGCGACGAGGCCAAUGCGAAGUUCGAUUUCAUGCUGAAGGGAUUCGACGACAUCAAGGCCUCUACCAAGCGCAAGACGCAGUGGGACUACGCCGUUGGCGACUUCCAAGCGUUCCAUGAGGCUCUUAGUCCUCUGGAAGGCUCCUUCAGCAUCCUUGGCGACACCAUCGACGCCAUAUACCCUGGGACCUGCCAGUGGGUCUUUGACGAAAGGGUGUAUAGGGAGUGGGAGGACUCGGAUAACAACGCAAUGCUAUGCGUUACCGGUCCCGAAGGAUGCGGAAAGUCUUAUAUCGUGGCUGCCAUCGCCGACCGUUUCACCCAGGACGCUGACUGCGACAAGGCCCUCUUCUGCGUGUCAUGCAAUGCAUCAGCAGGGAGCAGUGCCGGACUCAGCAACAGCCAAUCGUACACGUCAGACAGCAUCUGCCGCACAUUUUUGGCCCAACUGUACGAACUGGCGCCCCAAGGCGAGGAAAACGUUGACUCGGGCACAUACGUCGAUGUGGGAUUAGGAUACUGGGAUGAUAUGCAACUCGUCAUCACAGACGCGCUCAAAGACAUACCCGACUUGACAGCAGCCGAACAGCAGGAAGCGAAAGACGCGAUACUUGCAAAGGCCAGCUCUAGCUUUCUAGAGCCAUUCCAGCGUCCGUUAUCUAAGCGCCUGGAAGCCCUGCCAAACGGCACCAACGACGCUUAUGCUAAAGCUCUGCGCAACAUGAGCCCGAACUACAUCGAACUUCUCCGAACCGCGGUGACCUGGUGUCUUCUAUCUCCGGGUAUCCCCUGGUGUCCCUGUGCUAGGGAGGUGAUGGAUGCUUUCCACGGAACUUAUGACAUUACCCCUGAUCCGGAUACCCUUAAAGAGGCGGGAGAAGAACCGGGUUUCCCGUCAAUAUCGCCUCUAGAGUUGGAGCAGCUUCGGACUACGACCGACCCGUUCUUGACCGUUUUCCGUGCCGGCGACCGGGAUCAUUGGGUCUUCGAAGCUGACCAUCAAGCUGCUGUUGCAUUCUUUUGCAAGGGGACUGAGACGCCUUGGGAGGAAGAGAUUGAAGAACACCUCUGCGCUCGAUGCAGGUCCUCAGCCACUGCGCCUAAGAUUACCGUUGAUCCCAAGCAGGGCCAUCUUCAAAUGGCACUGACUUGCUUGCGCCAUCUAAACAACCCAUUGUUCCAGAAAAUGGCCGGUUAUAUCGCUAUAGACAAGAAGGAAACCGAAACGGCCGCUUACAACACCGUCGACUUUGAGCCUUUCGACUCUGAUGCCCGGGAAGAAACCCAAUGUGGACGCCUGGAGACAAGCGACCCGGAUUCCUAGACGAC